AUGGACAGAGCUCGUAUACCAUUGCUGGCGAGGUCUGUAAAGGAUCACUUUACUUUGUUUUGGGGUGAUGUUGAUCCUUGGGUUGCUCGUAGUUGGUUGAAGAAUUUGGAGGGCACGUACGGAUAUAUGAACUAUACGGAUGAUGAGAAAGUGGAAUUGGCUGCAUAUCAUCUCCGGGAUCAGGCUGUCACUUGGUGGGAUAUACAGAAGAUGAUCUUUGGGGAGCAACACAUUACUUGGUCGUUGUUUCAGGAUGCUUUUGAGAGGUUGUAUUUCCCCGCUACAUUUUACGUAGCUCGUCGCCAAGAAUUUCUAAACCUCAAGCAGGGUGAUCAUUCUGUGAUGGAGUACAAUGCAGAAUUUAGUAAAUUGGCUUAA